GAUUGUGAUUCGUCUGUCUUUUGAACUAAACGUGACUUUAUAGCAGACUCAAAGCAAUUUGUCAAAUAAAAACUUGUUUUCAGUAUUCUAUUGUGAUAUAAAUUGUUUAAUUUAAUAUUUAAUUAUUGUAUUAUCGUCCACGAUCAUUAACUAUGUAAAACGAUGUCAAGAUCCAAAUAAAGUUUGAUAAACACGAUCACUUUUAGAGUUGAGGUUAGCCGAAUCAACGUGGUUUGUUUUCGUCAGGUUUAAUAAAUUAAAACAAAGAGCUUGACAAUGGAAGACAAUAUAAUUUCCAGUCAGCGUGUGCUGACUCGUUUUGUACCUGAUUCUGGAGAAGAACCCGUAGAAAAUAAUAUGUUGGAUCUGCCUACUAAUGUUACCGUUGAACAUCUCACAGUUAUUUGCAAUUCACUUCUCAAACAGGAUGAUUCAACGCGUUAUGUUUUCUAUGUGGAUGAGAAAGAAAUUACAAAAUCUCUAGAUGCAACUUUGGAUUUUGAAAAUCGUAAUACAGAAAAGAUAGUUGAAAUAGUCUAUCAACAGCAGGCUGUAUUUAGAGUGAGGCCGGUUACGAGGUGUACAAGCUCUCUACCGGGCCACUCAGAAGCCGUUAUAUCAGUGGCAUUCAGUCCAGACAGUAAACAUUUGGCUAGUGGUUCGGGUGACACAACUGUUCGUUUUUGGGAUAUAUUGACGCAGACACCCAGUCAUACAUGCCGAGGUCACAAGAACUGGGUGCUGUGUAUAGCGUGGUCGCCCGACUCCACACGGGUUGCUUCCGGCUGCAAGAACGGGGUGAUCAGGGUAUGGGACGUGGAGACCGGUCAACCGAUUGGCAACCAGAUCAAUGCGCACAAAGCUUGGGUCACCGCAAUCUCUUGGGAGCCCUAUCAUUCCAAUCCUGAAUGCAGAUAUUUUGCCAGCUCAUCGAAAGAUGCGAGUAUAAAAAUCUGGGACGCAGUUUUGGGUCAAAUAGUGCGUCAGCUGUCGAGUCACACCAGUAGUGUCACCGCCCUCAAGUGGGGAGGGACUGGCCACCUAUACUCCGCAUCACAGGAUCGCACCAUCAAAGUGUGGAAAGUUGAUGAUCACAGCGUUUUCUCAUCGAAAGAGGUGACCCUACGUACAUUGCAGGGUCAUGCGCACUGGGUGAAUACGUUAGCACUGAGCACUGACUAUGUGCUUAGAACGAGUGCCGUCGUCACUCCUGCCGAUAAUAUCGAUCCUAAUGACAAGGUAAAACGAAGAGAGUUGGCCCUGAGUCGCUUUAAUGCAGUUCACAGUCCAAGGGGUGAACUUCUAGUGUCAGGCUCCGAUGACUUCACUUUAUUCCUGUGGUCUUCCAAUGAGAAUAAACCUAUUGCCCGUAUGACAGGACAUCAACAGUUGAUAAAUCAUGUGCUAUUUUCACCCGAUGCUCGCACCAUUGCCUCUGCAUCUUUCGAUAAGUCGAUCAAAUUGUGGCAUGGAACAACAGGAAAGUUCAUAGCAACUUUGCGAGGUCAUGUGCAAGCAGUAUACAUGGUGGCCUGGUCAGCUGAUUCGAGGCUUAUGGUCAGCGGCAGUGCUGAUUCGACUUUGAAAGUUUGGAACAUGAAAACAAAGAAACUGGAGCAGGAUUUGCCAGGUCAUGCCGAUGAAGUGUUUGCGGUCGAUUGGUCGCCAGAUGGUCAGAGAGUUGGCUCCGGGGGCAAGGACAAGGUUUUACGUUUGUGGCAGAAUUAAAAUUUUUGAAAAAAGAAAGA